GCGUCCACCAGAUCAGCAGAGAGGGCGGUGCAACUGCUGCAAAACGUGAAGAAGCCAAGUGUAGUAGUCAGCAUCCAAGACCUACUAGACACUAACCUAUUAAGCGGGGGGCCUCACUCGGCACCCUCAUUCGGGAUCCCCCCGUCCAGGGCCCUCAUCCGGGGACCCGCGCUAGAGCCCGUAUCCAGAGCCCACAGCCAGGACUCUCAUCCGGGGUGCAUCCGGGGCCGCAUCCGGGACCCGCGCUCCACUGCAGGAAAUGCCACUGAGACGCGCCGCCCUCCGACCAUCUAGAGCGGCCCGGAAGAGCUGGCGCGGCCUUGCGAAGGAGUGUGUCCCUGACGGGACGUAGCUGAGCCCGCCUCUCCGCUCCGUUGAGUCUCCCGGAAGCCGUUCGUUCUCGGGUCGCCGUGAGAGAGGCCCCUUGGUUCGUCUCCCCAGGAAGAGGAGGAGGAGGCGAUGCCGGGCCUUGGGUGAAGGCUGUCCUCACCUUCUGGAUCGCGUAGAGGCCCGGCGCGGGAGCCCGUUCGUCUUCGGUCCUGGUCGCCCCGAAGCCCCGCGGAUAAAGAGCCCCGCAGUCCGAGCGCCGUGACCGGUCCUGUGUGCGCUGGUGAUGGUCAUUGUUCUCCAGAACAGGGAUGGAGGAACUGUCAGCCCAAGAAGCUACAGGAUCACCAAGGGUCCAGUUUCAGUCUUUGGAGACCCAGUCUGAGUGUCUUUCCCCAGAGCCUCAAUUCAUGCAGGACACGGACAUGGAGCAGGGACUCACCCGGGGUAAGGCAGAGACAACACUUGUAUCCAGGAGAAUGGAAGCUUAGAGGGGCUCCUGGGCCUGCCUGGUAUGACAAGACAACCUUCACUUCACCCCAGUUACCGCGUCUAGAAUAAUCUCUGAGCUAUGCAGCUUUGGCCCCAUCUCCUAAUUCUUGUCUGGCUCUCACUUCCUCUUAGACUUAGGACCUUUCCCGCUCCCUUUUGGCUUCACUUAGUGUCCUUCCUUGAUGUCUGCCGCUUUGCCACUUGCCGUUCUGUUGCAGUUGCAGUGUUUGUGACUAAUGUAGUUUUGGUUAAGAAAGCAACCAUUUAAUCCCUUGUUUGAACACAGUGCCUGUUACUACUGACUGUAGAGUCUCAUUUUAAUGCUAUGUAUAGAUAGGUUGGCUGGCCUUUUUUGUUGUUGUUGUUGUUGUUCUUAUGGAUUUGUUAAGAACUGUGUCUUAGAUUGCUGUGGCCAGCUCUGGUGUCAGAAAUAAUUGUGUGCCAGCACCACAAGAGGCGUGCCACGGUGGGCAGGGUGCUGUGAGGACAUUGCGGGAAUGUGGAAAGCAUUGUGAAGAAGCAAAUGACCGCUUCUUGUUCCUGGAAGCCUUACACACUGGUUGCUGAGACAGUGCCCGUUUGCAAGAUGAAAACUUAAUGGAGUUUAUAGACCUGUGUCUGGCAAACUGUUAGAGGCCUAGUAACUAACUCUGGCCUCAAUAAGUCACUACAAAUCUUUAUGCUUUGCCCAUCACAGAGCAAGGACAGUACUUACCUUUCUGUGAGAAGAAUGUCAGCUUACAAGGAUAAAGGGAAAUAGGAGAUUUCCUAAUAAAAUCCUGCAUCGUGGGCCUAAACAGGCAUAAGUAAGACAUACAAGUACCAAGGAGGGACAGAGUAGAGGUACCCAAUACCUGAUAUAUAUCGCUUGGUUUUAGUAGUAUAUUGAUGUGAAAGAGGGUCCCAUUGACACCCUUUGUGCUAGAGAGGCCUCUUGAAGGGAGCCCUGUGGAAGGGCUGCUCUUACUCGUUUUUUUUUUUUUGGUGCCGGGGAUCAAACUCGGGUCCUUGCGCUUGCGCAGCAGGCGCGAAAUCACUGAGCUAAAUCCCCGGCCCUAGGGCUGCUCUUACUCUUGAUCCUUUCUCCCCCUCAGCUCCACCUGUUCCCCAGGUGCCUGCCCUUCCCCACCAGGGAAGCCCAGGAGACCAGGCAGCUGCACCCCUGACAGCCAGGUACCAGGAGUUUGUGACAUUCGAGGAUGUGGCUGUGUACCUUACUCGAGAGGAAUGGGGACGCCUGGACCCUGUUCAGAGGGACCUCUACAGAGAAGUGAUGUUAGAGAAUUAUGGGAACGUGGUCUCACUGGGCAUACUUCUUCGCCUUCCUACCACCCGGAUUCAUUGUGUGAAUUCCUGCCCAGCUCUGAGUCAUACCCAGGCAAGUGCUUUCUCUGGAGAAACACUUGCAGUACUUUCAGCAGGAAUCUCCAAGAGAUGGCCCAAGUGUCGGCUUCCCAUCGGUAGUGCUCGUCCCUGCUCGGAAACUCCUUUUCCACAAUUGAAUCAAACUCGGGCCUCACGCUUGCCAGGAUUUCCAAUUUCCACGCCUGAUGGGAUCUCCCAGCUGGAACAAGAUCUACAGGUCUUUGAUCUGGAAACUAAGAAUAGAGAAGUCUUAAGAGGUGACUCCUCAGAUGGAGAAACCAGAGAAGAGAACAAGCUGUUGAUUCCUAAGCAGAAAAAUUUGGAAGAAGUACAUUCAUACAAAGUGAGAGUAGGAAGACUCAAACAGGAUAUUUCCCAAGUUCCUGAGACUAGAGAAGUGCAUGAGUCUGAGGACAGAUUAGAAAGGCUUCAGGAAAUCCUAAGGAAAUUUCUCUUCCUGGAAAGAGAGUUUAGACAAAUAACAAUCAGCAAGAAAACUAUCACCAGUGAGAACAAUGAAUGUAAUGAGCCUGAAAAAAGCUUCAGUCUGGAUUCUGCCCUUGAUACAGACCACAGAGUUCUUAGAAUACAGAAUAUUGAUGACAAUAAGUAUGACAUGAAUUUCACGCAGAACUCAGCUGCUGAUAAACAUGAACACAUAAAUCUACAACAGACUUUUCAGAAUAGUGAAUACAAAGAAAGCCUAAUGGAUCUCUCCCACUUUAGUAAAUGGGAGAGCAUUUCUGCCACUGAGAAAUCCUAUAAAUGUGAUACAUGUGGAAAAGUCUUCCAUCAGAGCUCAGCCCUUACUAGACAUCAGAGAAUCCAUACCAGGGAGAAACCCUACAAAUGUAAAGAAUGUGAGAAAUCUUUCAGUCAGAGCUCAAGUCUUAGUCGACAUAAAAGAAUACACACUAGAGAAAAACCUUAUAAAUGUGAAGCAUCUGAUAAAUCCUGUGAAAAGUCUGAUAAAUCAUGUAGUCAGAGUUCAGAUGUAAUUCAGCAUAAGAAGAUUCACACCAAAGCCAAAUCUUACAAGUGUAACAAUUGCGAAAGAGUCUUCAGUCGUAGUGUACACCUUACUCAACACCAAAGAAUUCACAGAGAGAUGCCCUGUAAGUGUACUGUAUGUUGCAGUGACUUCUGUCACACUUCAUAUCUAGUUGAACAUCAGAGGGUCCACCACCAAGAGAAAUCCUAUGAGUGUGAUGAAUGUGGUUUGGCCUAUGUUAAACAUCAAGGAAUUCGUUUCAGAGAAAAACCCUAUACAUGUAUUGAAUGUGGAAAAGACUUCAGAUUGAAUUCACAUCUUAUUCAGCAUCAACGAAUUCAUACAGGAGAGAAACCACAUGAAUGUAAUGAGUGUGGAAAAGCUUUCAGUCAAACCUCAUGUCUUAUUCAACAUCACAAAAUGCAUAGGAAAGAGAAAUCAUAUGAAUGUAAUGAUCAUGAGGAGAGUUUCAGUCACAGCUCAGAUCUCCUGCAACAGGAAGUUCUCACCAGAGAAAAAGUCUUUGACUGUCAUGCAUGGGAAAAGAACUUCAGUCAGAGAGCACAUCUUGUUCAGCAUCAAACAAUUCAUACCAAAGAGAAACCUUAUGAAUGCAGUGAACAUGGGAAGACAUUUAGUCAAGUUCAGUCCUCAUUCAACAUCUAAGAGUUCACACCAGGGUGAAGUCAUGUACGUACUGAAUGUGGUAAAGCUUCAGUCAUAGCUCAGACUGUAUUCAAAAUCAAUUCAUGAGAGAAAGAGGGAAACCCUCUGUGAUAAAUGUUGGAAAGCUGUUAGUGUUAAACUCUUAAUUGGCUCCCGCAAAUCCAUUCCCGUGAGAAAAGCUAUGAAAAUACUGAAUGUGGUAAAUUACACACUGUCUUCAUUCCUUAUUCAUAUUUGGGGAAUUUGUACUGGAAUAAAAUUCCAAUAUGUAAAAAAGCAAUCAAAGGAACUACCUUGCUUCAGUAUCAGAUUCAUGUCAUGCAGAAAGCCCAUGAGUUUAAUAAAUGCAUAUGUGAGGAAAUUCAGUCAAAGUCCAAUGCUCAUUCAACAUCAAAGAAUUACCCAAAAGAAGCCAUUUGAGUGUAGUAAAUGUGGCAGAUCUUUUCAGUAAGAAUUCAUCAAAUCUUUGUUGUAAUCAAAAUAUACCAGAUGAGAAUGCAGAUGGAGAAAUUUGUCUCAGUACUUAAAGUUGUCUUUACCCAACAUUAAAGUAGCAGAAAAUUGUUAUUUCUUAUGUAUGAUAUUGUUAAUAUUUAGUCCCAGUCUUUCAUUAUGGAAGAAUCUAGUCUCAAAAAUAAUUUGGAAUGCAGUCCUGUAUGCUCAUGGCAAUAUUUAAUAUAUGUCCUAAGUAUGUGUAUUUUAUUUGUGGAACUCAUUUAAGCUAUUUUCAUUUUAAUAUAGCCUAUAUACACAUUUGUAUUCAUCCUGGAAUUGGUUCUUAUUAGUCACAGCUUCCCAAGAUACUCUUAAUGCACCUUAAAGCAUAUACCAACUUCUGAAAAGUAGCUCAUUUAGCUUUUUCUGCCGUUCUUGGCCCAAGUUGUCUCAAAAACAGAUUCUUAGGCCUGCUCUUUUCUGAGGACCCUACAUCCCAAUUUCUUUAUAGCCACAACCCUUAGAUUCCUACAUUCCUUUAUGAACUUUAAGUUGGUGGUUUCCUAGUUUUAAGCUUGUCACUAGCAGAUAUGCCAUUCCUACUUGGGUCUGGUAUCUUUCCUACAGUGAAGCAUCUUUUAAAGAAUUGGAUUCUCACCUUCAGCCCAUCUGUAAGUAUGGAAGAUUCAGUCUUCCUGAGUUUGUGGCACAACUUUUUAAAACUUUUUGAAGUGACAUCCAAGCUUUUAGCUGCCUUGUCUGCAUCAGUAGCCCUCUAAAAGAGAUGUUGACAUCAGGGAGCCAGUAAGACUCCUGGUGGCCUAGCUGCACUUGUUCUUUGCCUGUUCUGCAUGUCUAAGUUUAGAGUUCUCUUAUAUGCCGCUAUUGAAGUCCAGAAAAACCCUCAGGUCUGCUUUUGAUAGGAAAAACAUUAAGAACACAUUCAAAAAGCUUCAUAUACAUACCAGAACUCUUCAUACAAAAAACACAUACACAAUACAAAACCCAGAAAAUUUCCAAAGUAAAUAUAAAAUAUGUUGUUCUUAUGUAAUAUAUCUAGAGACUAUUUUAGGAGAAUGGCAGAUCUGUUCCUGCUAAAAUCUAACCAUUAGGACUGCUGCUUUAUCUGUUUGGACUCCUCUCCUACUCUCCAUCAAUUCAGGACAGUAUUUGAAGUGUGGGUUCUUUGUGUGUAAUUAUUUGUGCAUCAUCAUGUUUUUGUUUGCUUUUGAGAUAGGGUCUCACUUUGUUGCCCAAGCUGGCCUUGAACUUCUGGGCUCAGGUGAUCCUGCCUCAGCCUCCAGAGUAGCUUGGACUACAUGUGUGGACUGUAUAAUUUUGUAUUUUAAUGGGACUUACACAUGUGAAAGAAUGUGGCUUUUGUGAUUAAUGAAAAUGAUCUUAAAUGUUGGCUCCAGAGUUCAGGGUUAUUGUCAUGUACCUAAAAAAGAGUUCAUCAUUAUUUAGAUGUCAAAGCAUUUUAAUAGUUUUUCCAUCUUAAGCUUCAUAACAUUUUGUGAAUAGGACAAGUGUUAUUUAAAAUUCUAGUCCAACAAUUGAGGCUUUCAUAGUUCAGAUGUUAUAAUAUUCAUUAGGGAUCUGCAAAAAAUAUGUGAAAAUACAUUGUAAGCCUCCUGUGGCUAACCUCUAGGAUAGUUCUACCAGUAUAUUUUACAUCUUUCCAUCAGCAAGAAUAGGCUCUCAUCAGGGCAAGGUAGGGGCCUAAAUGAAAUCGAUAUAUAAUUAAGUAAUCUAAAUGUAAAAAGCAAAUGAAAAAUGCAUGUUUUUUUCCCUAUCAAACAUGUAUACCCUUAACAGAGAUCAAUAAUUACCUCUGGUGACCAUGAAACAGAGGACUAAGUAAUGCCUAAAUAACAAAAUAUGUACAAAUCACAUGUAUGCGUUUGAUUUAGGAAUGUGCUUUUGUACCUCUACUUGAAUAAAGACAUGCUUGAUAUUCUGAGAA